UUUUCAUUGGGGCAGAUGCGGAAGCUGUUACAACCACAACAUUUAGGAAACUGGUGAAAGGAAACAGUCUCUCAGUAGUGUAGGGGCUGGUUCAGGCACUCAGCUCUGGCUGCUGCCCCGAGCUGCAUCCUCGCCGCAAUGCAGCACGCCCAAGAAGACCCGACUGCACCCAGAGAAGAAGAUGAUGCCUUUGGAGAAGGAAUAUCCUCCCGGCUCCCAGAAAUCAUGUCAAUAGGAUCACAUUCAUUCUCUCCAGGAGGUCCUAAUGGGAUUAUCAGGAGCCAGUCCUUUGCUGGCUUCAGCGGGCUUCAAGAGAGACGCUCCAGGUGUAACUCUUUUAUUGAAAAUUCCUCUGCGCUCAAGAAGCCCCAAGCGAAGGUGAAGAAAAUGCAUAAUUUGGGCCACAAGAACAGCACCACCCCCAAGGAGCCCCAGCCCAAAAGGAUGGAAGAGGUCUACAGAGCCCUGAAGAAUGGCCUGGACGAGUAUCUGGAAGUUCACCAGACAGAGCUGGACAAGUUGACUGCUCAGUUAAAAGACAUGAGAAGAAACUCACGCCUGGGAGUCCUGUAUGAUUUAGAUAAGCAAAUCAAAGCAGUGGAGCGAUACAUGAGGAGGCUGGAGUUCCACAUCAGCAAGGUGGAUGAGCUUUAUGAAGCCUAUUGUAUCCAAAGACGUCUCUGCGACGGUGCAAGCAAGAUGAAGCAAGCCUUUGCAAUGUCACCUGCCAGCAAAGCAGCUCGAGAGAGUUUAACUGAAAUCAACAGGAGUUACAAGGAGUACACAGAGAACAUGUGUACCAUAGAAGCAGAGCUGGAAAACCUAUUGGGGGAGUUUUGCAUCAAGAUGAAAGGUCUGGCUGGCUUUGCUCGACUCUGCCCCGGGGAUCAGUAUGAGAUUUUCAUGCGUUACGGUCGCCAGCGAUGGAAACUGAAAGGCAAAAUAGAGGUGAACGGCAAGCAAAGCUGGGAUGGAGAAGAAAUGGUUUUCCUCCCUCUCAUUGUAGGACUGAUCUCCAUUAAGGUCACAGAAGUGAAAGGACUUGCUACUCACAUCCUAGUGGGAAGUGUUACCUGUGAAACAAAAGACCUGUUUGCAGCUCGACCUCAGGUGGUUGCAGUAGACAUUAAUGACCUUGGCACAAUAAAGCUGAACCUUGAAAUCACCUGGUACCCCUUCGAUGUAGAGGACUUGACCCCCUCCACAGGAAAUGUGAGCAAGGCAUCUGCUCUCCAGAGAAGAAUGUCCAUGUACAGCCAAGGCACUCCAGAAACGCCAACCUUCAAGGACCACUCAUUCUUUAAAUGGCUGCAUCCCCUGCAAGACAGGCCAAAGUUGGCAAUCUUAGAUGCUCUGCAAGACACUUUCUUUGACAAGCUUCGGCGCAGUCGCUCUUUUAGUGACCUGCCAUCGCUCAGGCUAAGCCCAAAGGCUGGGCUAGAGCUAUAUUCAAACUUGCCAGAUGAUGUCUUUGAAAAUGGCACGGCAACCACUGAGAAGCGGCCUCUUUCUUUCACUUUUGGCGACCUGCCUUAUGAAGACCACGUACCCCCUGCCAGCUCACCGGGGUCCUCUUCUGCUCACGUCAGCUCCAGCCCCGAUAUCGCCGCCACCCCCACCCAGCGCCGAGCUCUCAAGUCUUCCUCCAAGAGCUCAAGCCCGGACUGCAGCAGCAGUGACUCCUGUAGAGACUCUGUCCCUGAGCCUAAGGACCGGCCGUCCCAGGGAGAGGCAGCAGUGAUGGAGAACAAGUCCGUCCCCAGGGCGGCUUCUGAAGUUUGCCGAAAAACCUCCAACGCUGGGAGCGAUCAUGUCUUUAUAGAGACAAACGUCCCGGUGUCCCUCCUGCAGGAGACGGAUGAAGGUUCAGAGCUAAAGCCAGUGGAGCUGGAUACCUAUGAGGGCAACAUCACUAAGCAGCUGGUAAAAAGGCUCACGUCUGUAGAGGUGCCCAUGACCCUGGAGAGGCUGCCGUGUGAGGGAUCCAUUAGUGGGGAAUCAGAAGGAUACAAGUCUUAUCUGGAUGGAAGCAUUGAAGAAGCCUUGCAAGGGCUUCUCUUAGCUCUUGAGCCACAUAAAGAGCAGUAUAAAGAGUUUCAGGACCUGGAUCAGGAAGUGAUGCAUCUGGAUGACAUCCUAAAAUGCAAGCCAGCAGUAACCCGAAGCAGGUCCUCCAGUUUAAGUCUAACAGUUGAAAGUGCUUUAGAAAGCUUUGAUUUCCUGAACACCUCUGACUUUGAUGAUGAGGAUGGUGGUGGUGAGGAGGUUUGUAAUGGUGGAGGAGGUGCAGACUCAGUAUUUUCAGACACUGAGAUUGAGAAGAAUAGUUACAGGCCGGAGCACCCCGAAGCCAGGGGCCACCUCAGCGAAGCACUCACCGAGGACACGGGUGUCGGCACCAGCGUUGCCGGCAGCCCUCUGCCACUCACCACGGGGAGCGACAGCCUCGACAUUACCAUAGUUAAGCACCUGCAGUAUUGCACGCAGCUCAUCCAGCAAAUUGUGUUCUCCAGCAAAACACCAUUUGUGGCAAGAGACCUCCUGGAUAAGCUGUCUAGGCAGAUCCUCGUGAUGGAGAACAUUGCAGACAUCAGCACCGAGAACUUGGGAAACAUUACCUCCCUUACUGAUGCAAUCCCAGAGUUCCACAAGAAGCUGUCCCUGCUGGCUUUCUGGAUGAAAUGUACCGGUUCUUCAGGAGUGUAUCACACAUCUGCAGACAAGAUGAUGAAGCAGCUGGAUAUUAAUUUUGCCACCACUGUGAAUGAGGAAUGUCCAGGGCUUGCAGAAACAGUUUUCCGCAUCCUGGUGUCUCAGAUCCUGGACCUGACGGAGCCUGUCCUCUACUCCACCAUGUCCUCAGAGAUCAUCACCGUCUUUCAGUAUUACAACUAUUUUGCAAGCCACAGUGUUAAUGAUCUUGGAAGCUAUUUGCUGCAGCUUGCAAAAGAAGCCUCUGUGGUUCAGAUGCUGCAGUCCGUGAAGGAUGGAAAACUGCAUCAAAACGUGGCCAAAAUAAAUUCCAAUAACCUCCCACCACAGCAAGAAGUUCUGAGAGCUUUGGCUUUACUUCUCAAUGAAAAUAAAAACGAAGUCAGUGAGACUGUGGCGUCACUUUUGACAGCUACUGCAGAAAACAAGCACUUCAGGGAGAAGGCCUUGAUUUAUUACUGUGAAGCCCUAACCCAGCCCAACCUCCAGCUGCAGAAGGCAGCUUGUCUGGCUCUAAGAUACCUCAAGGCUACUGAGAGUAUUAAAAUGCUGGUCACGCUCUGCCAGUCUGACAAUGAAGACAUCAGAAAAGUUGCAUCUGAAACCCUGCUCUCACUUGGUGAAGAUGGGAGACUGGCAUACGAACAGCUGGACAAAUUCCCCCGGGAAUUUGUCAAAGUUGGAAGUCGACGUGGAACUGAAGCUACUACAGGUUUUUAGGUGGAAAAGAACCUGCCUAACUUUAACAGUCGUGAAAGUAGGAUGGAGCUGUAAUUAAGCAUGUGAAGUAGAAGGAAUACUUUGAAGAAUUCUGUGAGAAUGUCCCAAAAUGUAGCAAUUCACAUCUUUGAGGAAAAGCAAAAUCUAAAAUCCAGCUGAAGAGUUCCUAGUGGCUCCGCUUCGCAGCUUAUGAUGGAACAGUUGGAUGCUGAGGAACCAUACUUUCUUGACUGAUUUGUAGUAACGUAAUUGCAGUUAUUCAGCAAACUUCUGUGGGUUUUUAGAAUCUGGCAUCUUCAUAUAUUUUAUUGGGUAUUAUAUUUACUUUCUUGAAGUUGUUGUGAAAGCUUGAGACAUGAUAUAUAUCUGAAAUGGACUAGUAGGAGGCUACCUGCGCAGAACUACAAAGCAGCUUUCUCUGCAACUCCGAGCCAAGCGUAUACUGCCUCAUAGUGUCCACAGCAACACUCCAGUGGCCCACACCACUUUGCUGUCUCAGUCCUGAAAUACAGAGCAAGUUUUUUUAAGUUUUGCCUCCAGAAACAGUGUGAUGUAAACUCCUGAAGGUGUCACUUUAGUGACUCAUUCUAAAUGCCCCUACUGGUCUUUUAUUUCCUUUCUCUUGCCCUCCAGCAAUGAACCAUUAUUAAUCCAGAGAUUUGUGAGGGGGAUCAAACAACCACAUAGGUUUUGAAAAACUAAAUGAAAAGGUAAAAUGCAUUUAUUUAUUCCAAGAAGUAGUGAGUACAGCUAAUUGCACAAGUCCCCACAGCCAUUCUGUCCUGCAAGUUACAAGCGGGAUUGGAUUUCAUACACUCUAAUUAGUGGAGGAUAGCUUCUAUAGAGCGAUUUCAAUAUAAAGAACUGGAACAAACUAAAGUGGACCUUGGAGGCAGUAAUAAACAGUGUGAACUGAAUGCAUUUGCUCCCUUCACUGCAAGAAAGAAAGACAGUGCUUCAAGCUGUUAAUUAUAAGCCUUAAGAUAACAGAGGAGGUAAAUAGGAUUUAACAGAAGAGUGUUCCUGUACUGUGUUCAUUAUGCAUGAAAUGCUAUUUAGAUGUCAAUUAAAGUAUCCAAAUUUGCAUAGACUACAUAGAAAAGAUUGCAAACAAUUCACAUCAAAAGGAAGCCUUGUGCGCCAAACACGUUGGCAGGCAGAGUUUGUUUUGGGUUUUGUUGUUGUUGUUGUUGUUGUUUUUUAAACUGUGAAUGUUACAACAAUGUACAUAUCUGUAUAUUUAUAAAUAUAUAUAUUCUUCCUUUAAUUAAAAAAGUACAUUUUGUACAGUUCAAAAUGCUUGCUUGUUUACUGAGGGAUAUAGACUCUUUAUACAGAAGGUGAAAUAACCAUGUUCUGGGUUUUGUACCACACUUGUCCCAUCAGCUGAAUUCUUCCAAGGUGUUCUUUUGUACUGACUUUUUUUUUUUUUUUUGCCUUUAGUUUUGUGGCAUUUGUACUCACCUUAUUUCCUAUCACAUUUAAGUUAUAAUAAAGAUUAUUUUUUAAGUACUAAGCACAUCA